CGCGCCGUCCACCUCCUCCUCCCUCGCCUCCGCCGUUUCCCCUUAACCAACUGAUGCUGAUGAUGUCACGCUUUUCGCGCUCGCAGCGGCGGAGGAGGAGGGCGACGAUGGCGCUCGCCGCCUGCAUUCUGUCGGAAGACCUUUGAUAUUUUCCAGAUCCGCGACGCUCUCGUGAGGAUGGACGGACGUACAUUUCCCGACCGCGAGCAGCUCCUGCAGUUCCUGAGGAAGCUGAAAGAAGUGUUCGAUGUGUGUGACGAGGAUGCGGACGGUUACAUUCGAGUCGAGCAUUUCGUCGACCUCGGUUUGCAGUUCGGUCAAGGGAAUGACGAGGUGAAGAAGCUCGUCAAAUACCUGGACCCCAACGCACAGGGGAGAAUCAACUUCAAAGACUUCUGCCAUGGAGUCUUUGCCAUCAAAGGCUGCGAGGAGAUCCUGAAGACGGCUUUGGGCACACGCAACGUCACCCCGCCGACCUACAAGACGGACAAUGGCUACUACUACCAGGAGGGCGUGGCGGGGCUGGUCCGGCCGCUGGUCAUGUGCACGCGGUCGUACCCGGGGUGCCAGCUGUACCCCGAGGAGGAGGGGCCCCGGGACCGCGACGCCCAGGAGUCCGACAUGGACAGCGCCCCCGGCUCGGACGCCUCCGACGGCGGGCUGUCCCACGACAAGGAGGACGGCCUCGGGGGCUUCUUCCUGCCCGGCAACAGUUCUGGUCACCUGAUCCCCUCUGUGACUUCGGCACGCUCCUCUGCCUCCCUCCUGUCCAAUGAGGAGCAGUUUGAGGACUACGGGGAGGGCGAGGACGUGGACUUCACUCCCAGCAGCCCCUGCCCCGACGAGGAGAUGCACACCAACGGGUACUCUGACCUGGGCUCCUCCGUGCCCUCCAGUGCGGGCCACACCCCCCAGAAGAUGCGGCACCUGUACUCCUCGGAGCCGCUGGAUGUGUACUGCUCCCAGUGCUGCAAGAAGGUCAACCUGCUCAACGACCUGGAGGCACGGCUCAAGAACCUGCGAGCCAACAGCCCAAGCAGGAAAAUAUCCAGUACUGCCUUUGGAAGGCAGCUCUUCCACCACAGUAACUUCAGCAGCAGUAAUGGCAGCACAGAGGACCUGUUCAGGGACAGCAUCGACUCCUGUGACGUGGACAUCACUGAGAAGGUGACUUACCUGGAGAAGAAGGUGACAGAGCUUGAGAAUGACAGUCUGGCGAACGGGGAUCUGAAGUCUAAGUUAAAGCAGGAAAACACACAGCUGGUGCACAGGGUGCAUGAGCUGGAGGAGCAGAUUAAAGAUCAGGAGACGCGGGCGGAGCAGGUGUUGGAGGAGGAGCUGAAGAGGCACAGGGAGGCCUACAGCAAGAUGGAGCGCGACAAGAUAGCUGAGAUAGAGCUGCUUAGCAACAGGGUCCAGCAGCUGGAGGAGGAGAACGGAGAGAUGAAAAUAAACGUGUGCAGGCUGAAGUCUCAGACGGAGAAGCUGGAUCAGGAGAAGCAGCGAAUGACGGAUAAGCUGGAGGACACCAGCCUGCGGCUGAAGGAUGAGAUGGAUCUGUACAGGAAGAUGAUGGACAAGCUGUGGCAGAACAGACACCAGUUUCAGAAAGAGAGGGAGGCCAUGCAGGAGCUGAUAGAGGACCUGCGCAGGGAGCUGGAGCACCUGCAGCUGUUUAAGCUGGAGACGGAGAACCCCGGCCAGGGGCGUGGCCUCUCGGAGUAUAACGCCAAGGCCCGCGAGAUCGAGCUGGAGCACGAGGUCAAGCGCCUCAAACAGAACUUUGUUCCCAAGGUUACCCCCCCUGAAUUCCAGCACCUGGUGUCUGCAGGGGCGUGGCCUCUGCCUCCCGGGAUGGAGAACCACAAACUGCGGGACCAGAACGACGACCUGAACGGUCAGAUCCUCAGCCUCAGCCUGUACGAGGCCAAGAACCUCUUCGCCACGCAGACCAAGGCCCAGUCGCUGGCUGCCGAGAUCGACAACGCGUCCCGCGACGAGCUGAUGGACGCCCUGAAGGAGCAGGAAGAGAUUAAUUUCCGCCUCCGGCAGUACAUGGACAAGAUCAUCCUGGCCAUCCUGGACCACAACCCCUCCAUCCUGGAAAUCAAGCACUAGGAAGAGGAGCCACAUCUUUUACAUAGCGCCCCCUGCUGCUCGGGGGUGUGAACUGCCCCGGUCACCUGGAACUAAAGUCAUUCUGUGUUUACAAGAGAAGCUUACGUAUACUGUAGAAAUCUAUGAAUCACAAUUUGUCUUUUAUUCCUCUUUUCUCAAAAUGUUACAUAUAUAUAUAUAUAUUUUCUGUUUUGUAACUGUAGUGUAAAAAAAAAAAAAAACAAGAUUAGACAUGACUGGAAAACUAUUAUGACUAGAAAGUAAUAUAUUUUAGAGUCGUGAUCCUGGAAUGAAAAAAGUGUAUCUUAGUCACAAUAUGGGAACAGAAUACAUACUACCUCUGAGUAUGUAGGUACAGUGAUAUACAAACCUGCCAUGUAUUUAUGGGGGAAAAGCAAUCUUCUAUGGGAAUGUAUAUGAGAACCUCCCUGACUAACCAUUAUAACUGGCAGUGACUGGGCUGUCAGUCAUUGAGAGCUGACCAUAGAGAGGGCGGGAGGGAGCGAGUGGGUGGAGUCUGAAUGUACGUCGUUUGGGAAGGCGAUGGCAUGUGGAAUAGCAUGAAGCGGGAACGUGGGUGGAAGAUCCCGGUUUGUCAUUUACGUCAGGAGGCUUUGGAGGUCAGGUUUUGUGUGGAUUUGCUGUCGUUUUUUGGGUCAGUCUGCCCCCCCCCCCCCCCCGAACAGAAAAGAGGGACAGCGGAGACGUGGAGGGGUUUGAUAUAGCACCGGGACAGGAGGGCAAGGUCGCCUUAAAAUGACGGGAGCCAGACCGAAUGACAGUUUAAAGCAGGGGUCCUCGAUCUUAUCCAGAAAGGGCCGGUCGACAUUACCCAGAAUGCUGCAGGACUCUCCCACCUGUCACUCUUACCGAGGACACACUUUUAAAGCAGGGGUCCUCGGUCUUAUCCAGAAAGGGCCAGUGCGGGUGCAGGCUUUCGUUCCAACCAAUCAGGGUCCUUAGCAACGACUCCAGUGUUUGAUUAGUAGAAUCAGGUGUGUCACUGCUUGGUUGGAAUGGAAGCAUGCACCCGCACUGGUCCAUUCUGGGUAAGACAGAGGACCCCUGCUUUAAAAGUGCCUCCUCGGUAAGAGUGACACGUGGGAGAGGCCUGCAGCAUUAUGGGUAAUCGUGACUUACCCACUUCACUGGACAAAGACUUAAGGGUGUACCUGACAGAGUUUUGGAACUUGAAAAGCCAGCAGUGAGCGAGGGUGUUACUCCGGAUUGAAGAGAC